AUGGAAGCUGAUGGAAAAGAAAUCAGAAAUAUUAUAAAUGAUAGCGUCGUCGAAUCUCAAGCAGCUGUGAAUAAUUUAAUAUUGGACUAUUACAAGAAAUUUGGAAGAAAAAGAGAUUUAGAACAAUUUUUUUCUUUAUCAACAGCACAAAGUGAUAUAAGAGAUCCAUCAAGUUUGUUUUGGAAAAAAAUGAAAUCUCAAACUGACUCGGAUUCUGGAGAAAAGAAGAGUGAUUCUUCAACAGAACUUGGCAGAAUAUCUAUACAAUGCUCUAUUCCUGAAGCUUCUACAUCUCGUGGAGACUACCACAUAGUAAAAAGUGAUUCUGAAUCUCCUCCUAUAAUAAACGAAGAAGGACAAUGCAAUUCUAGGAAUUCAGACAAUGAAUCUGUAAAAUCUGAUGACAUACAUUCUCAGAAAUCUGUUGAUAAUACAUUAGAUACUUCUACAAAUAAGCCACAUUCACCUACUAGUAGUAUAACAUCUCAAAGAAAACUAGAAUGGGAUUCCUUAGCAGAUGUUGGUUAUGCUAAUGAAAGUGACAGGAAAAAUUCUGCAUCUAGCCUUUCUACUUUAGAAAGAUUAGCUUUGCAUCAGCAAUACUCUAUUAAUGAUACAAAACAAAACUUAAAUAUAGGACCUCCCACUGCCCAAUCCACUCCACUUGAUGUAGAAGAAAGUAAAAAUAAGAAUAAAAAAGGUUUUUCAAAGAAAACAACUAAAAUAUAUAAAAAAGAUGUUGAUCUAGUUGAAAUGAAUGUUUCCAAUAAUGAGAAAACGCCACAACCUAUUAAUGUUAAUUUAACUAAACAUAUCUCAUUCAAUGUUGAAAGAGAUGGUGGUGUUACUAUAGAAAACAUUACGAAAAGUGUCUCAGUGAGUCCUGAAAAAGCAUCAACACAGUCUGACGCAAAACCUCAAGAUAAAUUAGACAAAGAGAUACAGACUACAUUAAAUAAAGAAAAGUCGAGUAGUUCCAGUGAGCAGAAAACUAAAAAACAGUAUCCUGUUUUAAUAAGUUUAAACACCUUAAAAAAAAGAACUAGAAGAAAGAAAGUUAGAAAAAUACAAAGGAAGCAUACUAAAAAAAGGCUUGCUGAUAAAGAAAAUAUACCAUUAGAAAAAAGUGGAGAUCAAGUAUCGGAGGCCGAAAGUUUUGAAUAUAUGCCGGGUCAUAUUUAUAACUUAAACCAAAUGAAAAGAACAAAUGAAGAGAAUAGAAGUGUUAAUAAUAAUAAAUCUAGCCAAGAAUCAAGUGCAGGUUUAACUACAGACUCUAGCAGAACAACUAGGCAUUCCUUUACCAAAGACCUAGAAAAAAGCAUUGAUAUACUAAAAAUUGCAUUAGAUAAUAGAUUUGAAGACGAUAAAUUGAAAAAGAAACUGGUAAAAGAAGUUGUUCAAAGACUGAUCAAAUCAAAGUAUAAAGAUGAUGACAGUUCCACAGAAUUUUUAUCUGGCUUGAGUUUUGAUAGUAAAAAAAUAGAUUUGUAUAAUUCAAAUCGUACUUCAAGUACCUCGGAUACAAAUAACACUGCCCAAAAUACCAAACAAGCUAAACCAAAGAAAUCGAUUUUACGAAUGGACAAAUUCAACUCAAGUGUCAUAGCUUCGACAUCACAAAGUGUUCCCAAUUUGCCGACUAUUACCAAUGUUGAAAAUCCAAUUCCAUGUUAUGCUAAAAAGUUAGGUAAUUUAUCAAAUACAGAUUCUGAUUUAGAUAAAGCUAAAAACGUAUCUGCUACAGGUAUUGACAAAACUUCCUCAGAAGAACUUUACAAAAAAUAUUUAGAUGCAUUACGAAGAGAACAGGCUUACAAAAAACAUUUGAAAGACAAAGAAUUAUUUAUGAAACAAAAAUUAGCUAGCUCUGAUGUAGCUUUUAAUAUCACCAGACAGGCUGAAAUGAAAGCACAGAGAAUAAAAGAUCUAAUGAAUGACUUAGUUCGAAAUAAUUAUGAUGAUGGUUCCGGUGAUGCUAGUAAAUUAGAAGGGUCACAUUCCAAUAUUAAUUUGGAAAAAUAUAAUUCUAUAAGAAAACAAAGAAGUCAUUCUGUCUUUACAUUAUCAUCUGGGAAUUCGGAUAAUAAUAAACACAUGUGCUCUAGCACUAAGUCUAAUUCUAAGUCUUGUUACAAAAAAGUUCAUGAACAUUACUGUUGCUGUCCUUUUCAUAAAAUACAUCCUAAAGUCGGAGUCGUUGAUAGUUCAGUUCAGGUAAAUAUGACGCCAAAAGAUAGAAUAUCUCCAGAGGAAAUUCCAAACACGUCACGUGAAUCAAAAACACAAGAAAUCUUCAAUGGCCCUUGUGUGAAAUGUAAAUUGCACCAAAAUAAAGCACAAAUUGUAACUGAUCCUGCUACCGGUGAAAUAAAAUACGUGUGCCUUUGUGCUGAUGAUAGCCAAAUUGUACCUGAAAAUUUCCUAAUUUAUAAAUGCUCAAAAUUAACGAAUAAGUGUCUCAAAGUAUGUGACACUAUGUCUAAAGGUACAAAUUCAGCUAGUGGGCAAACUUCAAGCAAUUCUACGUCGCCUCGUCAAAAGUCUUCAUUUAAAAGUGAAGAUUGCGAGAAAAAAUGUUUGACCAUAAUAGACAAUGUGAAUCAAGUAUCAAAAUCUUCACAAACUAAUCUGAAUUUACCAAUUAAACUUCAAAGUAGAUCUAGUGAGCAAAGUAUCAAAUCUACUUCAUCUCUAAGCUCAACCAACUCUCAUAGCAAGAAACUUGACAAUAUUGCAGACAAAAGAUUUGAUAACAAGCAAUACUUAAUACACGAAGUUACAAGAUGGAUCCAAACAGAAAUAAGCAUUGAUCCAAAAAUAUCUGAUCCAUCGCUUUCUGAUAUCAACAUAGUGACUAAUAAAGAUUGUGUUCAACUAGCCAGUGAACAGUAUAAAAAAGUUUCCAGACCUAAUUCAGAAAGUAAAGUGCUUAAGGACUUUCAGGAAAAUCUUUAUUUGAGAAGUAGCAGAAGUAGAUCAGAUGUAAGUAAUAAUAUAGAAGAAAGAAAAUCUACUAAUGAUUAUUGUAAUAAACGUGUUGAAGAACCUGUGAAAGUAAUUGAGAAAGAAGACAAAGAAAUUCAAAUGAUUCCUGACGAAGUUGAUAAUAUUCAAAAUGAUAAACAAAGUUUUAAUAAUUUUACUAUACCUAUACAAGGUACAAACAUGACACUUAAGGUCAGUUUAGGAUCCGGUGUUGAUGGUGAUACGGAAACCUUCGGAAAAAAAGUUGAAAGUAUUGUUACGCAAGUAUCCAAAGGUACAGAAACAGUUAAAAAGGAUGUCGUCGAAAAUUAUACUUCUAUAAGAGAGGAAUGUUCAAAAGGAGUCCAGUCGGAUAAUGCAAAUAUUUUUGAUGAGUAUUACAAAAAAUCACAAACCACAUGUAAUUACAAAAAUACAGAUGAAGAUAAUCUUUUGGCUGAAACGCAGGAAAAAUUAAAUAAUAAAGCACCUUAUUACGUAAAUACUUGCAUAACUGAAAAACACCAGUAUAAUACUUAUCCUAAAAAUGACCGUAGUCACAUACAAAAACCAUUACUCAGAUCGAACACUGACACAGAUACAAUUGAAACAGUAUUCCAUACCACAUUCCCAAAAAAUGAUACUAAAGAUGUAGGAUAUCAGCCGGAUGAUGUUUUAAAGUCUCAAAUGCAAUCGAAAACUAUUUCUACAGAAAAAAUCGUACAAAAGACACAAAUAUGCCCUGAAAAAUCAUUAAAAGCUGUGGAAAGUAGUACAAAAAGUAAAUCAAGUUCAGACACAGAUGACCAAUCAAUAAUUAAAACGUCAAAUAGUGAAGCUGGUAAUAGUAAAAUAUCUUCUAAGGAUCCAAUACUUGACAUGAUACAAGAUAUUACGAAACGUUACUCAAAGAAGGAUGUUGAAAAAAGCCAAAGAAAAAAGUGCUUCAAAGAAAUAAUAACAGUUCUUAAUUAUCUGUUAGACACAGAUGAGAGUGCAGAUGAUCGAAAUCAAAGAAAAGAAUCAAGCACAAGUGCAGGUGAAAAUGCACGUGCGGAGAUGAAUUUAGCUGACAAAGACAGUAGUCAAUCUGUGCCUGUUAAGACUUUAGUAGAUAAAGGCAUACAGUUAUCUACAAAAAAGUCUAAAUCUCGCAAAACGUGUACAGAAUCGUCAGAUCUUCCGAUUUCAACAGACAUGCCAAGUACAUCCACGGACGCAGGGACUUGUAAAAUUUUAAAUAAAAUUAAAAGAGAAUGUGAACGAUAUCAUCAAAAACGUUGCAAAUGCACUGGGAAUAUAUGUGAAACUUCAACAAGCACUUCGGCAAACUGCCAUAGAUGUAAGCAUGUCCAUCAUUGUUCAUGCAAAAGUCAUAAAUGUAGGAGCCACAAAAAGAGCGCUGAGAAAUUAAAGAAAAAAUGUGUCGCCUACAAUUUGAUAAUACAAACAUCAGAAAGCAUGGUUAGUGAAGAGAUUAAUUACGAUAACAAUCGACCUCAAUUAAAGAAUAUAAUCGUUAAAGUGCCUUCCAAACGUAAAGUACAAAAUAUGCCUUUUAAAGAAAUAUCUUCGAAGAUUGAGAACAAUAUGCCUCACUGUAGUCAGCGUAUUUGUAACAAUUACCGUUCGAAAAGUUUACCAAAUGACAGUGAAAUAUCGAGUGCUGACGAUCUUUUAAAGAAAGCUCAAGCAUGCACUGUGAGGGAAUAUUUAGAGAAGAAUCGCCCGGAUUUUGUAGAAAAGAGCUCAAAUCGUCAACAUUGCUUGAAAGUGAUCAACGAAACUAGAGCAAACGAACGCGCAGCCAAGCGGCAACUGCUGUCGAUGCAGUUGGACCGCCAGCAGGCGCUGAACGCGCUCACACAUGAGGAAUUGAUGCACUUUGCCAGGGAACUCGGCAAUGAACUUCGAAGGAAGAAAGUUGCUCCUAAAUUUAUAAGUGAACGUGAAAUGAAGAAGCAUUCUGAAAAAAUCUACAAGUCACUGCCAGAAGUUGUGCGCAAAAAGGAGGAGAUAAAGAAAGCGAAUAUAAAAAAAACUAAUUUGCUUAUGGCAAAUAUAUUUAAAAAGAAUCUCCAGAAGAAAACCCUCCAAGGCGCUGUCAAUUUAUCUAAUUAUAAUACAGUUGUAAAAAUU